UGUAUGUUCGGAGAGUCAUUAAUAAGAAUACAAGAAGUUUCGGAAAGUUUUUGAUUGAGAAAAUAUCCAUUGAAAUGCGUUGUAGGAGAAAAUUGUUUCUCCCAUUUCUUCUCUGUAUUGUAAUAUUUUACUGCCACCUUUGGAUGAAGCUGCCAAAUAGACGAAACAAACUCGCACGUUCUGGUAUUUAUUCAAUUGAAUCCUUCAACGGAUAUAAUUUUGAAAUGAUACGAAGCAUGAUUAGAGACGUCUUUGUCAGAAACAUACGUAUUUAUAUCACUGAAGACCCACACUCUGCAAAGGAAAUCAUCGAUAUUGUAAAUAUAACAACAAACUUUCCAACAAUAAUUGAUGUUUCAAAAGCUAACCAGCUUGCUCCUGAAGUAUCAAAGAAAUAUGUAUAUGUACAUUAUAUGUUUAAUGAUCAACUAUCAAUGAAUACACGAUCAUUCUUAAGUCUCUGUGCGCAAGCGGGACGAAGUAAAAGAUACGUGGUCAAACCUUUCGUUAAACACACAAAAUUAGGUUCUGACGAGUCUUGGUUGGAUUUUGAAUGUUAUUAUAAUAUUGAUUACAUGAAGGACUUGCUCAUCGCGAGUAAUUACGCUGGACUGGUAAACAAGGACGAAUAUAUUCGCGAAUGUCCAGCUGAAGAUCCCGAUCAUGUAAGCAUACACUUCAUUGACAAUUCUGAAAGCUCAAAAAAUGUACUUCACUCUAAGUUUCACGUAAAAGACGAUAAUAUUCGUAAAAUUACAGCCAAUGCUUAUCAGCAUGGAUGGACCGAGUGUAACUUUCUCGACAAAGCUAUGAGUCGUGCGCCUGGUAGACAAUACUGUGUCCAUUCAGCGGUGAUAACAGACUGGAAAAAACUUGAAGAAGAGAUUGUAAAAGAACACAAAUGUCUUAACGUAUUUCAUUGGAGAGGGAUUUAUGACGACUCUUAUCGAUUAGAAUUCUCGGAAGAUGAUCUUAAAUUCACGUCAAAGGAUCUUACCUAUGCUUUACGUACAGGAAUUGCUGUUGAAAAUCAAGUAAAAUAUGUCGCUAACAAGUUUCUUGAUAGCAGUUACAUAGCUGUUUAUGUGAGAGGCGAGUAUAUACUUCGAACUAGAAACAUGGAUUAUUUAAGAAAAUGCAUUGACAUGGUCCUUAAUAUUUUAAAUCUUGUAAAGGAACAAACACAUUUAUCUCGUGUAUUCGUUGCAACUGAUAUGGGGAAGUAUGGCUCGUCGUGGCUGGUCAGAUAUCAAAGACAAAAAAAAUUAGAUGAAAAUGUUUUCAACGAUCUGAUUGAUUAUAUUGUAGCGCAAUCUCAAGCCAUUACAUACAUUCCAUCCUCUGACUCAGUAGAUCGAGGUGUAAUUGCACUUGCCGACAAAAAGCUUGUUGCCAAUUCUCAAUAUCUGAUCACAGCAGGAAAUGGAACAUUUCAAGAGUGGGUGGAAGCAACUUUUUUGGAAUAUCAUCGCUAUGAUAAAAGGCUUGGUCCAUAAUCACAGUUUGUAAUAAUUAUGAAACGUAAGCCCGCAAAACUCUUUUUCAUGCAUUUGGUAUAUUAUUUCAUUUUUUUGUUUAUAAAGUUCAAAUCACCCCUUUUCAAAGUCCGCCAUGCUUUUGUGACAUACGUAUAUGAGCAUAUUGCAAUUCAUUCCGUUUGACUACUUCUUACUCAGUACUUAUGUUCCAUAUCUGUAAAUACAACUAAAAUCCAUGUAUUUAUUUCUGUUACUUCGAUUUUUUGCUGUUAGUUUUGAUUUUAGAAUUGAAUUGGAGAGUGUACUCAACCUGAAAUAUUGACUGCAAAAUGCCGUGUUCCGGCUCAA